AUGAGUAUACCAGUCAAAGAAACACCCAUUUUAGAGAACCUCAUCAUUAUUCGACAUAGACUAUACGCUCUGAAAAAAGAUAGAGAUGCCUAUCCUGAUGCAGACCUAAUAGUAUCUCUAUACAAGCAAACGGAGGAACAAGUAGAAGCAUUGAACAAUGUGCGAACAGGGGAUAUCUGGAAUAAAUCGUGUCGAAACAAGCUGAACGAUGUUUUGGAUGAUAUAAUGGCAUUAUUGUCCUUAUUUUUUAUGAGCAUUGGAAGGAAUAGAGAAAGUCCUGCUGUGUAUGUCCAGUUGAUAACAGCCGAGCGAUAUUUAGAGCAAUUAGCACUUAUGGGAACCUAUACGGACGCUGUCUUGUUGAAGAAUCAGGAAAAGUUGAAAGAUAUCGAAAAUAUUCUUUAUUCUGAUUCGAGCGAUUCAACGUUCGUUAAAGUCCUGAAGCAUAAAUUGGAAAGUUGCGAAAGCUCGUUGUCCACACUUCUCGCGAAUGUUCAAGACGUUUCAGAACAAUUGCAACCCAUACAAAAUGAGUUGGUCAGCCUUAGAAGGAAAUUAGCAUCCUUAGCACAAAAACCGAAAGGAUAUACGGCAGCAGAAGUGGAUGAUGUCUUGGGACAGGUCAGAGAGCUGGACAAUUCAAAACUUGAGCUUCUUCGAGCAGACGAUAUAAAAGGAAAAGAAUUGAUUGAAGGGUUAUUAGAACAAAUAUAUGAAGAGAUAGAGGACAUGAAAGCUGCAAUAAAUAAUGUGGCGGAGCCACUAGUGCCUAUUGUCGAACGAUUGAAGCAAAUACGAUCACAGCUGGACAAAUUAGCUUUGACGCACAGAUGGACUUUGAGAGAAACUGAUUUGUAUGCGUAUCUUUUACAACUUCAAGAAAUAGAAAAACUUCGAAAGGAUGGGAGUUUCAGAGAUUCGCAGGCAGCAGACAAUUCGAUUCCGGAAGGUCAAGCUGUGAUUAAUUUCUUACUGCGAGGAUGUUACCGUUUAAUGGCAAAGAUGUUGAGCGAAAAUGUACCAGUAGCUGAGGCUUUGAUGCCUGUUUAUAACCAACUGAGCACUGUAAGGCGUUGCCUAAUAGAAGUAACCAAGUGGGGCAAACCUGAUUCAGUACGUGAUCUUUACCCUUACCAAAUGAAGCUUGCCAGUAUUGAUAAUAUGCGAGUCAAUGGUACUUUCUACGAUGUGGAAGGCAAUAUACCCGAGGGACAAGCAAUGUGCGUGGCAUUAUUGAACGAGUGUUACGACAUGCUUCAUGAACUUAUUUCUCUCGCUGAUGCCUAA